AAGUGGAAACACGUUUCCUUGCGCACAAUAGGAAAACUUUGUCAGCGUUGCAGUGGAGUUUGUUGUUCACGUUUUAUACAUAUGUAUUCGCUGUGCCUUUUAUUUAGUCGAUUAACAACUAUUGGUUGAGUUUCAUAAUGGAUAAAGAGAGACGACAUAAAAGAGUGAAAUCCCCUGUGCGACACUCAAAACCGAAAAUCAAACAAGAGAAACUGAGCCCUGCUAGGCCCCAGAGAUCACGCCACUCGAGUUCGGGGUCCAACGGCAGCCCAAGCCCACCGCCACAGAGGAGACGAACGAGCAGAUCGCCACCCAGGACAAAAGGUCAUUCGCCAGGUAGAAGGGCGUUGGGAAGACGAGACAGAUCGCCCAAAAACACCGGCAGGAGCCGAAGCCCUCCCCGCAGUGCCGAUGUCAAAAUAAAGCGGGAGCAGGAUGACCACCGCGGUGCCGAUGACCGUAGAAGGCGUGACCGCAAUGACAAACCAGAGCCCUCAGAGCCACCAGUGCGGCGAAGUAGGUGGGAGCAGGCUGACGGACCCAGAGAAUCUGACAGACCCAGGGAGAGAAAACGGGUUGAAAGAGAGCGGGGUGGAGGUGGGGACAGGCCCAGAGAGCGCGAAUCCCGCUCCUUCCAGGAGCAGCAGGCUGAGAGACAGCAGCAUGACAAUCAACGACGGGACAACCGGCACCGGUUUGAGGAGAACAACGGUGAGGGGCAAGCUUUCGGACAAGGUACCCAAGAGGGGGGCGAGGGCAAAGACAGCCCCCCAGUUGAUAAAGAGAAGCCCAACUUUGAACUGUCUGGCGCGCUCACGGAAGAUACCAACACGUUCAGGGGGGAAGUGAUCAAGUACAACGAGCCCCCCGAGGCUCGCAUCCCUAAGCGCAGGUGGCGACUGUACCCCUUCAAGAACGAUGAGCAGCUCCCGGUCAUGUACGUCCACAGGCAGAGUGCCUACCUGAUGGGGCGGCAGAGGAAGAUUGCUGAUAUCCCCAUCGACCACCCCUCUUGCUCCAAACAGCACGCAGUGUUCCAGUACAGGCUGGUGGAGUUCACGCGUUCUGAUGGAACUGGCGGGCGGCGGGUGAAGCCCUACAUCAUUGACCUAGGUUCGGGCAAUGGCACCUACCUGAACAACCAGCGCAUCGAGGCGCAGCGCUACUACGAGCUCAAGGAGAAGGACGUGCUCAAGUUUGGCUUCAGUAGCCGCGAGUACGUCCUGCUGCAUGAGUUCUCCGACACGGCCGAGGUGGACGCCAGGGCGGAGGAAGACGACGAGGGCCUAGACGAGGGCCUUGAUGAGGAAAUGCAAGACCUCUGAGCCUUUUCGAAUAGUUUACUUGCGUUUUUCCAUCCUACUUUCCUUUGAAGUAAUCACAGAUUUUAAUUGGUUGGAUUGUUGAAAGUAAUAGGAUUUUGCUUAGUUAAACCUAUUCAGUCACUUAUAAAUAUGUGCUUACCUCAGGGGAAACAAGGAAGGGGAAAUGCACAUUCUUUCAAGUUUUCUGACAGUGCCACAGAUUAUCCCAUCAAGUCUAUUGUGGGAAAAUAAUGUUCUCACCGAUGCCUGCCACCUGUUGGCCAUCAUCUCUUUAAAAACAUGAAUGGAACAAUGACCUGACAUGAUGGCAUGUUGGGUUAAGCAUCUUUCCGGGUUAACAGAACAAAUAAAUAAAAAAGUGGUAGAAGUCAGUGUGGUCUCUAUUUGGUGGUCAUAAAAACCUGCUUUAACCUGCAGUAACCGGGUCUCAGUACUCUCUAU